ACUGCCGCCAACGCCACUGUCAAUGCAAACAUUACAAACUGCACCCCUCGAAAUUUUUGCCCGCAUUAGAUUGAUUGAUUGCGGAGAUUCUCGAGGACCGACCGGCAUCUUUUCGAAUUCGGAAAGGGUCUGGAUUACACGACGCACUGAUUCUAGCCCAAUUGUCGCAUUGCGCAGUUCAGCUCUUUUGGUGAUUAAAUAAGGUCAUUUUUUUUAUAUCUUUUUUCGAGGAAAGCGACUGUUCACAAUGGAGCCAACAACCGCUCAGGAACAGCUGCCCGCUCCGGAGGUUAAUGCGCCCAAGCGUGAGCCUGAGAAUGGCGAUGCCGCUGCAGACCAGGCCCAGGAGCCACCCUCGAAGAAGGCCAGACUCGAUAAUUUGGCGGAUUCUAAUGGGCAAACGGCUGAUGCGCCCGCCCCGCGCAUGAAGGGCGUUGCUCCUAUCAAGCCUGAGUUCAUUCUCGACCAACAACCCACAAGAGGCCAGAGAAAUCCCGAUGAUAAUGCAGACGAUGCCGCCGAAGCUGCGCACCACGAUGGACGCGCCGAUGAGCAGAACGGGAAGAAGAACAAGAAGAAGAAGACUGGUCAGAAUACGAACCGCACGUUCGGUCGAUCCGAGGAUGCGAAGGGAUUGUGUUCUAGUGUGAACUUCAGGCCUGAGUUCUCUCCUGCCGAGUGCACUUUUGGUGAGAAGUGUCGGUAUGAGCAUGACCUGCGGAAAUACUUGAAGGAGCACAAACGGGAAGACCUUACGACGUUCAAUGGCGUAUGUCCUGUCUGGGAUAUCAACGGAAAGUGUUUCGUGGGCUGGAAAUGUCGCUUCGUCGGUUCACACUCGGAGGAGCGCGAGACGGCCGAUGGGAGGAAAGAGUUGGUUCUUAUUGAGGAUGAAGAGCGCAAGAAGAAGGUUCAGCGGCUUGUUCCGUUUGCUGGAGAGGACGGGGCGGUCAAUGUUGCUUCGAUGGAGGAUAAGAUCGCUUUGGCAAGGAGAAAAAUGGAUUUCCCGAGAGCUGGACCGUACAGCAAUUGGUUGGAAAACACAUCUAGAACCAUUGAGAGGGAGCUCCACAAGCGCCAUCGUGCUGCGCCUGUAGGAGCUGAGACCAAGGAUGGAGAGAAGGAUGCAGAGACCAAGGAUACCGAGACUAAGGAUGCCGAGAACAAGGAUGCCGAGAAGAAGGAGGAAAAGGAGGAAAACCGAGCUCUCUACGUUGAGCCGCCAUUCAUGCCAUCGGAGAAGCGCCGACUGUACUUCGGACCCGAGACACCGGCACUGGCGCCUUUGACUACCCAGGGCAACAUGCCUUUCCGAAGACUUUGCGUUGAGCUUGGCGCACAAUUCACCUAUUCUGAGAUGGCAAUGAGCUUGCCCUUGAUCCAGGGUAACAAGUCGGAAUGGGCUUUAAUGCGAGCCCAUGAGUCGGAGAUGCUCCCUCCCACGAUGCUGCCCGGGGCAGACAUCGUGCAGGGCUAUGAUAAUUCCAAGGACAUGAAGUUUGGUGCUCAAAUUGCAGCAAACAAGCCCUGGCAAGCCUUCAAGGCUACAGAGGCACUGGCUAAAGUUACUCCCAACCUGCGUGUCAUCGAUCUGAACUGUGGCUGCCCUAUUGACCUCGUCUUCAAGGACGGUGCUGGCUCUGCUCUUUUGGAGCACCCGUCGAAGCUCGAGAAGAUCAUUCGUGGUAUGAACACUGUUUCGGAUCAGAUUCCUAUCACUGUCAAGAUCCGUAUGGGAACGAAGGACAACAAUCCGAACGCCUUGAAACUGACGGAGCGUUUGCUGCUUGGAGGCUAUGAAACUAGUCUGCUUCAUCACGACGGCGCCGCAGGUGCAGCAGCUAUUACUCUUCACGGUCGUAGCAGACAGCAGCGUUACACCAGACAAGCUGAUUGGGAAUACAUCUCCGAAUGUGCCGCCUUGAUCAAGCGCUUGAACGAGAAGACUGACGCGGUGACGGAUACCAUCCGGGAGCCUGAUGCCCGGACCCAGCCAAACGGUGGCAAGGUUUACUUCCUGGGCAACGGUGACUGCUACUCUCAUGUUGACUAUGAUACCCACAUCAACAAUGCUGGUGUUGAUGCUGUUAUGCUUGGUCGUGGUCCUCUGAUCAAGCCUUGGCUCUUCGAGGAAAUCCAGGCGGGCCAGUACCUUGACAAGUCCGCUACGGAACGUUUGGCAAUGAUUGAGAAGUUCUGUAAGUAUGGUCUGGAGGCAUGGGGAUCCGAUGAGCACGGUGUCGGUACGACUAGACGCUUCUUGAUGGAAUGGCUGAGCUUCACUCGUCGCUAUGUACCCAUCGGGUUGCUCGAGCAUCUUCCCCCCUACAUCAACGACCGGCCCCCGGCUUUCAGAGGCCGGAAUGAGCUUGAGACACUGCUGGCCAGUGCCAACUACAAGGAUUGGCUCAAGAUCUCGGAGAUGUUCCUCGGACCGGCUCAUAAGGACUUCAAGUUCGAGCCCAAGCACAAGUCCAACUCGUAUGACGAAGCGGAGGGUUAAGCACAUGCUUUCUAGAUUAGGAUUAACGCAUAUAGAUGAUGAACAUACCACAGCUAGC